AUGGUGGCCUUAGGGCUCCUUCUGGUGGCCUUGCUCACCUGCCUCACAGUGAUGGUCUUGAUGUCUGCCUGGAGGCAGAGGAGGCUCUGGCGGAAGCUCCCUCCGGGACCCACCCCACUGCCCCUCAUCGGGAACUACCUGCAGCUGAACACACAGCAGUUGUCUGACUCCUUCAUGAAGAUCAGCGAGCGCUAUGGCCCCGUGUUCACGGUCCACCUGGGAAUGCGACGCGUCGUGGUGCUGUGUGGACAUGAGGCUGUGAAGGAGGCGCUGGUGGACCAGGCUGAGGAAUUCAGCGGGCGAGGCGGGCAGGCCACCUUCGACCUACUCUUCCAAGGCUACGGUGUGACUUUCAGCAACGGGGAGCGAGCCAAGCAGCUCAGGCGCUUCUCCAUCACCACACUGCGGGACUUCGGUGUGGGCAAGCGUGGCAUCGAGGAGCGCAUCCAGGAGGAGGCAGGCUUCCUCAUCGAGGCCCUCUGGGGCACACAUGGUGCCUUCAUAGAUCCCACCUUCUUCCUGAGCCGGACAGUGUCCAAUGUCAUCAGCUCCAUUGUCUUUGGGGACCGCUUUGACUAUGAGGACAAAGAGUUCCUGUCACUGCUGCGUAUGAUGCUGGGGAGCUUCCAGUUCACAGCUACACCCAUGGGUCAGCUCUGUGAAAUGUUCCCAUCAGUGAUGAGACACCUGCCAGGCCCACAGCAACAGGCAUUUAAGGAGCUGCAGGGUCUGGAGGACUUCAUAGCCAAGAAGGUGGAGCAGAACCAGCGCACGCUAGAUCCCAACUCCCCGCGGGACUUCAUCGACUCCUUCCUGAUCCGCAUGCAGGAGGAGCAGAACAACCCCGCCACAGAGUUCUUCCUGAAGAACCUGGUGCUGACCACACUGAACCUCUUCUUUGCGGGCACUGAGACGGUCAGCACAACCCUGCGGUAUGGCUUCCUGCUGCUCAUGAAGCACCCAGAUGUGGAGGCCAAAAUCCAUGAGGAGAUUGACCGGGUGAUUGGCAAGAACCGGCAGCCCAAAUUUGAGGACCGGGCCAAGAUGCCCUACACAGAGGCGGUGAUCCAUGAGAUCCAAAGAUUUGGAGACAUGAUCCCCAUGGGACUGGCCCGCAGAGUCACCAAGGACACCAAGUUUCGGGAGUUCCUCCUCCCCAAGGUGCCUUCCAGUCCCACCUUGGGGGACCACCAACCUGCUCUCUGUGACCCAGCACCCCGUUCCCUUAGCAACUUCCCAGCCCUGCCCCAUUGCUCCAAUCAGACACUUCCCAACCACCAUGAUGCAGUUGAUACUUUGAAUGAGUGA